AUGUCCGUUUACGCCACCUCUGCGCAGGCACAACCCAACGCUACUCUGCAGCAACAGCAGCAGAGACACCAACAGCGGUUGAACGAGUUGUUGGAUGCCGUCAAGCAGGAGUUUGACUACGCGUUCAACGAGGCGUCCAACUACUCCAAAGUCAAGGAGGACUACGACUUGAAAUGCAGCCAGCAAACCGCAGAAAUGCAGCAAAUCAGGCAAACCGUCUACGAGUUGGAGAUGGCCCACCGCAAAAUCAAAGAGGCCUACGAAGAGGAGAUCUUGCGCUUGAAAACAGAGUUGGAGAACAGGGACAGACAGGCGCACCAGAACAAGAACAACGGCGCGCCUCACGCAGCGUACUCGCAGUACCCGCAGCCAAUGCCACACCCGUCCCAGGACCAUGGCGUGGUUCCGCCAUCUCAGGCCCAAAUUGAGCCAGUCCCACCACAGACGGCCGAACAGCCAAACGUGCAGCCAGAGAUGUCUGCGUUGUCCAUCAUUGACAAAUCCCAGUACAUUGUAAAUCCGCUCGAGAAGAACUCCCACGUGAAGGAAAUCCCCCCGUUCCUCUCCGACUUGGAUUUUGUGAAGGCCAAUCCGGACUUCAAGAAACAAUCCCCCGAGUUUUACGUCUUGUACAACCCAGCACUCAAGCGCGAGUUGGAUGUUGACUUGAUGCAGUCCUUGGACCACCUGUCGGUGGUGUGUUGCGUCAAGUUCUCCAAGAAUGGCGAGUUCAUUGCCACGGGCUGCAACAAAACAACGCAGGUAUUCGAUGUCAAAACGGGUGCUCUUGUGGCGAAAUUGAUCGAUGACAACAACUCGGCUAAUGGUUCAGCUAACUCUGCUGCAAACGCCAACGGCGACUUGUACAUCCGAUCCGUGUGCUUCUCGCCCGAUGGAAAAUUGUUGGCUACCGGCGCAGAAGACAAGUUGAUCAGGAUUUGGGACUUACAAACCAAGAGAAUCAUCAAAAUCUUACGUGGCCACGAGCAAGACAUCUAUUCCUUAGACUUCUUCCCCGAUGGCGAUCGGUUGGUGUCCGGAUCUGGCGACCGCACCGUCAGGAUUUGGGACUUGAGGUCUUCUCAGUGUUCAUUGACCUUGUCUAUCGAAGAUGGUGUCACCACCGUAUCUGUUUCUCCAAACGGUAAAUUGAUUGCUGCUGGAUCUUUGGAUAAGACUGUUAGAGUGUGGGACUCCUCGACCGGGUUCCUAGUCGAGAGAUUGGACUCUGGCAACGAGUCCGGAAACGGUCACCAAGAUUCCGUGUAUUCUGUCGCUUUCUCCACCAAUGGCCAGCAGUUGGCCUCGGGGUCUUUGGACAGAACUGUCAAGUUGUGGAACUUGGAGGGAAAAGUUGACAACCUGAUCGGUGGCGGAAGUAACGGCCAGGCCCUGGGCAAGAAGUCGGUUUGCGACGUGACCUACGUGGGUCACAAGGAUUUCGUCUUGAGCGUUUGCUCGACUCCCGACAGCGAGUAUAUUUUGUCCGGCUCAAAAGACCGUGGUGUGAUCUUUUGGGACCAAAACUCUGGCAACCCGUUGUUGAUGUUGCAAGGCCACCGAAACUCUGUCAUUUCUGUCGCCGUCUCUUUGAACUCACUGGGCACUGAGGGUGUCUUUGCUACUGGUAGUGGUGACUGCAAGGCCAGAUUGUGGAGAUGGAGAAGAAACUAA